UUCUGUCUGCAGUAUCCCUCUCCUCUCUCCUGCACCGUUUAAACCAAGCAGAGACUCGCGCGAGGAAGAAGCAGCGCCACGCGGCUUUGUUUCGUUUUGAAACUCCUGCAUUUUUCAACAAGCCUCUUCAGUAAAUCAGCACCGGAAGACCCUGGAAGUUGAACUUCUCUGUAAGGCCUCAUCAGAGAUCUCACACGUUGCUGUUAUGCAUGCUCCCUGGUCAUCUGAAGGACAGUCUAAUCAUUGAGAUGAUCUUUCACGUCUGGAUUAUUCUGCAAAAGGGCCUUCAUCACGCUUUUCUUGUGGAAGAGGGGCAGAGAAGAAAGUGACUUUCUCUAACUCCAUAAAUGGCUUCAUUCCACGAGCGUUGCUAAAACUAACACCAAACAUGAGCCUUCCAACCAGUUUCCAUGGACUGAGAGUCAACGUUGACAGGGGAGAAAGGGUCGGCAACAAAACCCAGAUGAAUUUUACGUCAUCCGGUGAUGAUAACGCUAAUCAGAUCACUCACCGUGAUGGAAGAAGGUUGGUCGAGAUCACGGGGUACAGCACAAGCGCCGUUCCUCCUCUGGUCCAUCAAAGUGAUUCCCCGGAGAAGUUAGUGAUCUGGGGCUCAGACCAGCAAUGUCUGGAGCAGGACCUCAGGGGGUUUGAAUAUUUGGAGUGUCAGGAAAUACACACAUUUUUGGGAAAUAGGAACCAGGAAGACGAUGAGCAGGAAGAAGAUGAUGGAGGGAGUAUUAAAGAGGGAAAAGAUGAAGGUCCCAUGUCCAUUUCCUCCAGUUCAACUGCCAGCUCUGCGUCGGUUGGUGGAAGAAGGAGUGACAACAGUAACAAUGUGGAGAGUAGAAUGCAAAAUAGCCAAGAGAAGAGGGUUGCCUGUCACAGCACUGAUGAGCUAGACAAAUUUGUGACAGGCUCGGUGGAGAAAAAGGACACCCAGUCAAGCAGAGGCAGAACGAAGGCCGGUCUGAAGGAGUCCAAGUCCGAGACAAAUGUGUUUGUGUCCAGUUUGUCCACUUUUUCCCUCAGUGGAAGUCUGUCUAGUGCUCUGGAUUCUAGUGGAGAAGCAUGUCUUAUGUCUCGGUCAAAACCCAAGACCGAUACUCUCAAUGCCUACAACACUACCUCAGCCCAGUCCAGCAGAAGGGUAGCCUCUGUAGAUGCCAAUCGGAAUUCCCCGCCAACACAUCCUCAAGAGAAACACAACUAUUCUCAGUACUGUAGCCAGGAACAGAGACUGGAAGACAGGGGUCAUCAUAGGACUGGAUUAUCUUCUGAAGGAGGCCUGGGCCAAAGGAGAAAGGCUGGAUUUGAGGAGAAGGUGUUGCCGCCUCGACGGCAGCAACUGGUCAGACCGCUCUGCCAGACGGAGACAGGAAGAGAAAGGAACGCGACGGAAUCCAAACAUCAGGAAACGGGAUCACCAUCUCCAUCUUCCUUCAUGGUCUCUCCAGAGUCACACUGUGAUAGGUCAAGCAGAAAGUUUACAAAAUCCUCUUUGCGUGAACCGUCAGACUUCUCCCACCUGUACAACACAGCUGAUGUGUCCCAGCUAAAGCAGCCAAACCAGGCUCCACAGAGGGAGGCUCCACCUGUGGCAAGGCAUCCAGUUACAGCUGCACAGCAUGCAUCUGCUCCCUCAAACCCGUCCACUCAGGAGAGGAGACCACAGACUCAGCUCACGUACCGAAGGAAUUGCUCCAGUCCUAUUAGGACUGAAUCCAGACCCACCACUCCUCCCCAGUCCCCUCUCAGGACACCCCAGGGCUCACCGCGCAGGCAGCCCUCUAUGUACCUCAUUUCCAGGAAUGUCUCUGGAGCCACUAGACACGUGCAGUCGGGACCCAACCCGGCGAUACCAACGUCAGCUCAGGGCUAUGGCAACAGUUUCUUGAGAGCACCAGUAAAAACAAACGUAAGCACAAGUGGAAUCCCUAAAGCACCUCCGAACACCCAGCAGAGCUCCCCCAAUGCUCACCCCAAAGAGAGCUCCCCGUCGCCUAAACUCAAACCUAAAGGAAUCCGCCCUAAAAUCAUAACCUCCGUCAGGAAAAAUCCUCAGUUUAAACCCCAGAUUGCAGAUGGACCUUAUCAGGUAUCCUCUCUACCCUCCAGGCUCUCGACAUACGCCCACAACCAGACUCCCUCGUCCUUCACAGACGCAUCUAAAGACUCCUCAAAGCCUGACGGGGAAUCUCGGGAAGCCCCGGUACUUAGUGCCUCCAAUCUGCUUUAUGAUAAGUACCGCCAGGAGAUGCAGGCAAGCAGUUUCUCAACUGAACAGCAGAACCGGAACAUCAGGGCUCCUGGACACACAAACACAGUCCCCCCAGUACAUGUGCAUAACCACAAUGCUCCUCCUAAACUGACCGACAGAGCAGAUAACUUCUUUGCGGUCCCAUCAGAGGUUGUGAGGUCUUUUAGUUUUAAAGGAAGCUCUUCUGAGGACGCAUCACAGGGACGGACAGCUGUGCAGGUCGGGGGGAGCGGUAGCCUCCUGCGUUCCGCCAGAGGUCUGCGUCUGGGUUUGGGAGCUGUUACCAGGACAACCACGGGCUCAGCCAAGAGCAAAGGGUCUGGUCAAGGACAGAGGUCACCGUUGGUCUUCAGCCAACCCGUCCAACCUGUCAGCCCAGCCACCAACCAAAAAAGCCAAGAAAACACAGAUGACCAGCUUGUUGGCCGCCAUGCCCCCGCUGCUCCUUCGCCUUUGACAACGCCGUCUCAGCAGCCACCCACGGCCUCCCGGUCUCUGCUUUCCAAAGUGAGUCAGUCAGGCCUGCGUCCUCCCGGCUUCUCCUCCUGCCGUCUCCCUGCAGGACGCCUCGCAGCCUUCGGUUUCGUCAGGAGCUCCAGCGUCUCGUCGGCCUCGUCAGCCCACUCUGCAGACAGCAUGCAGAGUGACCCCUGUAGGACAGCUCACCGUGUGACUGUGAGUGAGGAUCCUCGUCUCCACAGAGUGGCGGCAAGCCCUUUGUCAGCAGAUCACCAGAGAGCGGCACCAUGCCGCAGCAGCAGCCUCCAGCCGCCCUCCACCCCGGCCCUGCCACGGCGCUACCUGCCUCCACAGCCCAGGAGCUCCCCUGGAGUUGGUAGGAAGGAGUUUCAGAGGAGUUCAGAGGUCACACGCUCUCUCCCUUCGUCUCCAAAGCGGCUGGCAGUGGUUCCUCCAAAACCUCAGUCUCCAGUCCAGGCCGGUCAGCGGCCUGCAGCCGCCAUUCGAGGUUCAACUCCUUCAGGGUCACCACGCCGCGUGAACCCCCUGAGACCGCAUCAGGAACUCCAGGAGAACCUGCAGCGCGAGAAAGAGGAGGCUCAGCAGAAAGAGAAAGAACAGCAGGAAGAGGAGAGAAAAAAGGAGGAGCAAAGGCAGGAGGUUCAGAGGCUGCAGGGGCAUUGUGAGCAACAGGAGGUGCAGCUGAAGGCUCUAAGAGAUGAGUUGAAGAAGAUGUCUUUAGGUCUCGAAGCUUUCAUCAUCACCAGUCAGCAUUAUUGCCUCAAGAAUGAAACUACUGAGGAAAUUCAAAAGGAACUGGCCCAAGAAGUCAACAAAAUCAGAGAGGAGAUGGCAUCACAGUCGCUACGCUGGGAGAGACUCCAGCAGGACAAAGCGGCGCUGGAGGAGGCGUUUGAGCUCCAGCUGCAGGAGCUCCAGCUGCAGCAGGAGGCAGAGCUGGCUGCUGUGGAGGAAGGGCUCAGGAAGUGUCAUGCAGCAGAGAUGGAGCACAUGAGGGUGGAGCAUCGGUCGGAAAUGGAAGAGCUGAGCACUCAGCAGCAGGAGCAGAUGGAGGAGAUGACAGUCAGCCACCAGGCAGCCAUUCAGGAGCUCAGAGACAUGCAUAAUAUCACCAUGGCAACACUGCACGAAGAGCACGCCCGCACCAUGAGAGAUUUAAGGAAAGCUCACGAGCAGCAGAAGAAUCUUCUAGAGGAGGAAUUUGAGAAACUCAGGCUUUCUCUACAGGAUCAAGUCGACACGCUCACGUUUCAAAACGAGAGUCUGAAGGACAAAGCCAAGCGCUUUGAGGAAGCUCUGAGAAGGAGUACAGAUGAACAAAUCCUUGAUGCUUUAGCUCCAUACCAGCACAUCGAGCAGGACCUGAAGAGCCUGAAAGAGGUUGUUGAGAUGAAGAACCAGCAGAUCCACCAGCAGGAGAAGAAGAUCUCUGACCUGGAGAAAGUGCAGGCCCAAAAGAACGUGUUCCUUGAGGAGAAAGUCCAGGUUCUGCAGCAGCAGAACGAAGACAUGAAGGCUCGUAUUGAAAUGAACCUCGCCACCUCGAGGCAGCUGACAGAGAAGAACGCCAACCUGCAGGAGUCUGUCGAGAAGGAGAGCACAGAGAAAAAGCGUUUGAGUCGGAACAAUGAGGAGCUGCUGUGGCUCCUCCAGACCAGCCCUCUCAUGUCCCCGGCCUCCUCCCCCUUGCACCGCUCCUUCUCUACCUCCCCCGUCCCCUCGUCCCCCUUGUUCUCCUCCUCCUCUUCACCUUUCGCUGGAUGCGACUCCCCCACUCACUGUCACGGCUGCCCUAAGCAAGCUCAAUACUGCUCCCCUUCCCACCGAGGCGCCGCCAAUCAAAAUCUCUCACCGGGACCAGCCACGCCCACUCACAGGGUGGCUGUCAAUCAAAAUUACUCCCCCGGCCCGAGCACACCCACACACAGAGCAUCAGUCAGCCGCUUUAACUCAAAUGCGUCGCUGCAGAGUUAAAACCAGCUUUUGAAGCUUGCUCGUUCCCUUUUGCCCUCCUUUUUUUUAGAUAAUAAACAAAGUAGUCGGUACAGUUUAGUUUAUCACUAAACUGUACGGCCACUGUGAAAGCAUUGAAGUUACACAGUUAAAGCCAGUACAGCUAGUGGUGCCAUAUGUGUUAAAUACACAAAAAUACGAAAAAAUGAAUAAGCUUGCUCCUUUAUUUAAGAUUUGUACGAGCACAGAAUAUUUAAAUGUAUUACCUGUAUAAAAGGGGCACAGGAAAUGUUGAUUGUUAAACCUCCUUGCUUGGGCAACAGUUUAAGUGGAUUUUAUCACAUCAGUUUAACCAGAAUACACGUAAAUGCCUGGUUACUCCUGUAAACCUCGGCUAAAUAAGCUGGACUCUAUUCUGUCAUUUGGGCUAGUUUCUUAUUCUCAGAUCUAUUGUUUUUUUUUCCUGAACAAAGCGCCUUAUUCUUGGUCCUGCCACCACACCAGCACAGAGUGACCAACUCACACGGGACGUUCGCUCAAGAAUCGGUUCAUAAAUCAAAACAAAGCUCGAUGGGUAGCCUCCCCAACGUCUACGUAACCUUUUCAAAUUCCUUCAGCGCUUAUGUUGGCGAGGAACAACGCUUCUUUGGAACCCCAGCCAUGUUUACCUGCAACACACAAAGAACUUAAUGUGUUUUUUAAAACCCUGUCAGGUCUUCCUUCAACACACGAGCUACUCUUUACUUUUGGGAUCCCUCAGGUCAACGUGCAAAACCUAAGUCUCCAAUUUACCUCAGCGGGAAGGUUUGUUCCGUCGCGUCUCGGCAGAAACGGUAAUAACAAAAACGCGCAGCUGACAGAGAGCUCUGAGCUAAGAGGGAAACCUAGCACAGGAAUCGCUGUUUUAAACCUGCAUUUAUUUUUUAAAUGUGACGUUUGAAUCUAAUUUAAUUUACACAUGCGUUUUAAGUAGGCAUGUACUGUGAAAGUCUUCCAGUUUAAAUGUAACAUAGUUAUUGCUGUGAUUUAUUUAUUUAUUUAUUUAUUAUUUAUUACGCUUGAAAUGUAAAAAAAAUAAUGUGUUUGUAACUUUAAACAAUAUAAAUAUAUACAUGUAUUUCUCAUGGGACAGAGGUAGAAUAUAUGACACGAGAAAACAAAAAUCUGCAAACGUCAUCCUCACACCGACAGCUACAUGCAAGCAUUUGCCAUCUUCUGGCUUGACUCUCUGAACUUCUGCAUCAGAACGCUAGCCAGCCUUGAAACAUUAGUGCAUUGUUAUUUGAUAUUAUGUAUAAAACGAACUUGUCAAGAUCUGACAGGUCAGUAAAUUAAUGUAAUUUUCCUCUGGGUGUAGAAAGCUCCUAUGACUGUACUUCUCAGAGGACUUUCUAAUGUAAUUUGCGUCUAUAAGCUAUGUAGUCCUUAAAGAGGCAGGUUAACCUUCUGUUUACUGCUUUGUAAUGUACUAAAUUAGAGUAGACUUUUCUGAACUUGUAGUAACUUCUUCAUAAUCUCUUUUGUUAACUUGAAUUUGACUGAUCUUUUAUAUUCUUUACUUCUACGAACUACAUUGAAAUCUUGGUGUCCAAGAAUAUAUCAGGGAAAUCUGUUUGAUUUACAUUUUUAAUAGUUGCCCAUCCGACUUUAAAAGCUGUUUAGGGAUUUCCCAGAAUAUUUUUAUUUUCCCCUCUUUGAAAGUACAACAGAAAAAUUUUUCCUGUAUAUUUGAAUAUUGAAAAGAAUAUUAUUACUGCAAACUUUAGGCCCGUUUCCGCUGUCAGCACUUCCGGGUAAUUUUACUGGACAGCAUGCACGUGUCUCCAUUCCACUGAGUCGGUCUGACAGGACCACCGUCCAGGCCAUUCAGGGACCAGCCGAGUACCGGGAUAUGUACUCAGAAAAGGCCCGGUGGAGUCACUACGAGGAGUUCUGGUUAACUCGUGCAGAUUGGUUGCAACUCAGUAGGAAAUGACACCAACACGUGUCACCAAACAACCGGUAUUUGUAAAAUUGGAAGAUUGGCUAGUGAAGUGGAAUGGGGCAAAAAGAAAAUAAGUGUUGAUGCUGCUUAAAAUUGGCAUUUCUAUUCCUCAAGGCCAAAAAAGUGACGAAAAUCCACCACCAAAUGAUGCUACUUUGUAGUCUCCUACAGAUCAAUGUAAAAAGAAAGGGGCCUUGUUCUUGUCAUUGAACACUGCUUUUUACGUCACCCACAUGCCCUCCCCGUCCCUCAAAUGGAUUAAAUUAUGCCAUACUUCAGCAGAAGGAAACUUUUGAUGUCAUCAAUGUCUGUGGACAACCUUUUAGUGCUGAUCGGUGACGUCACUGGCUGCUGAAGCAGUUGCGAUAUGCUGACAUCUUAGAAAAGUCCUGAAAGAGCUGAUAUUGAAUGGAGACACAACGGCUGGGAGGAUCGAGCCAUCAUAUGUCCUGGUCACUCCUCCUCCUCCCAGAAUAUUCCCAGAACUCCUGUAGAGGAAACAUGUCAUGGCUGCUUCCUGCUCCGGCGUCUGCUGACUGAAUUACGCUCGGGGUUUCAGCCUUUUACACGGCUUUAAACAAGACACCCCGUCAUAGAAAAUAGUUCAUUUAUUUUCAGAAACUUUAAGGGAUACAUCAGAUAUUAUCAAUGUGAGUGUAUUUUAAUUAUUAACAUAGCAGCAAUCCAAUUUGGAGCCAUCAAAACUUUUUUCCCACAGAAAACCACUUUAAAAAUUCUUAACUAUCACUUUAUUAUUUAACCGUACUUGAAAGGGAUAUCUGUAAAUAGACAAGGCUAGAAUUAAAAAAGAAGAGAGUAAGUCUGUUAGCAGUUACAUCAUUAACGGCAGCAUGUCCGAUGUGGUUUUGUUUAUUAGUAAAUGAAUGCAUGAGUGAUGAGUGGGUGGGCUUGGUUGGGGGUUUCUUUAUUUACCACCACCCGCACUAGAAACUUUCUUGGUUUACCUGUUCUGAAAGUAUAUUGAGACCCUGCACACACGUAGUCCGGUAUCCCACAAAAUGAAGAUGUUUUUCUACAGUCUGGCCUGUCAUCAACACAGCGGUGAAGAUACGCCAAAACCAGUUCUUUCAAAGAGUCCGACUAAUUAUCUGUUGCCAGCCUGCUUGUGGAUGUAAAUAACCAGGGUUUUAGGUUUUGUAACAUCGCUGACCGUGAAGCUUUAAACUCACUUGUUUUUUCAAGUUGAAUGCUCGAUGUAGGCGAAGGACGACAUUAAGGACAGUUUUUGCCUGCCACCUAGUUAUUCCACAACCAAGGAAUAUCUUCGGCAAAGAUACACACAAUUUUGGGAUCUACCGCCGCCUGUGAAUGUGCUUCACAAGGCACUGGAUUUUUUGAAAACCAAGUGGUGUACACCCAUAUUUGGGCAGAAGAGAAUUUCCGGUUUUCCGAACAGCCAGCUACGUGUGCACUUGGCAUAAGGUUCACCAGCACUCCUGCUCUGAAUGUUUCCAGCCCAGCAGGUGAGCACCAUGUAAAGGAUAGCCAGUUUUUCAGCUGCAGAUAAAUGGGUCUCUGUCUACUCUACCAGCACUUUUGAUGGUCUUUUCAUUAACCUUCAGCAUUUUUGUAUAAUGCAUAAACAGGGUUAACCGCUCUUAAACGGAAGAAUGUUAGAGAUAGAGUAGGAGAACUUAUCAAUUCUCAUUGAAUUUUUAUAUAUACAUCUAUAUCCACGCUGAUGAUUAUGAGAAUGUCUUUGAUUAAUUACAAAAAUAUACCAGUCAGAAAUUCACUGUGUUUUCAGAUGAUUAGAUUUACUAUUCACCCGGGACGCUGACAGAUUCAUCACCUCCGGUGCAAAAACUGAAGUCUACAAGGAUGCAACAAAGCUACUGUUUACAAAUGACAGCACAAAGUUCUCAUUGUCAUCUGAAAUCUUUAGAGUGGUCCUUAGUUUCUAAACGCUAAACUGGUAUUGAGCCUUCGAUGUGUCCUGUGGACAUUUGUGUCUCACUUUGAAUGUCAAAAAUGUAGUGAGUGCAGUUUUUUUUACAAGUCUUUUGUGUGAUUCCGGUUAAUAUUGAAGGACCUGUUGUUGGACCACUUUGUAGCAGCCGUUAACUAUGUAGCAUUUAAUUGGACCAUAGAAUAACAUGAUGGGUAAUUUAUUACGUUUGUUAAAACACACAUAUUGAUAUUUAAAUGCUACGAUUGCAAAUGUUUCUACAGCUUGUCCACCUUCGCCUCGAGAAUUUGAAUUUAUCGAGGUAACCUCUAAAAUAGGUCCGGUGUUCUGAGAAAACGUCCUACUUUGGCAAAACGUCCUACCCGUAGGUGAAUUUUACGGUCUUUUACAUGACACAAACCCUACCCCUCACCCUACCCCUAACCCUAACCAAAGAAACAAAGUACUAAUACUUACUACUUAUCUAUUUUCCUGCAAAGAUGACAGCGGAGUAGCAAUCCCCUUUUGUGUUGUGCGCAUGCGCGCACAUGCUCAGUAACAACGGGUAGGACGGUUUACCGGGUAGGAGAAAUUCUCAGAACACCGGCUGGAUUUUGGUCCCAAGACUAGCCUUUGGCACUGCUUGUAUGUUUGAAUGUAAAUACAUUUACAACUUGAGUUGUGUCUUUGUGUGCCAGCAGAGAAAUGGAAGCAUGUUUUCUCUGCCUUAAUGCUGUUUCUUGUUUUCUCGCUCUCUUUCUCAUCUUUUAGCUCUCUGUAUUUUUCAUGGUUUAGACGUAGCUGUAGAUUGGGAGAUUUAGAAGACGAGGAAUAAAACUGCUCAACAAUGUAAUGUAAACACAGAAUGUUGAUGCUUGUCUUUGUAGUUUCUGCAGAGGACAGCAGUAUUAAAAAAUUACAAAAUGGAAGAA